AUGUCAGUGCUCACCCCUGUCCUGCAGCCCCCGGAGGUGAAGGAGUACCUGUCCAAGGGUGAGCGCUUCAUCAAAUGGGAUGAUGAAACAGCAAGUGCCUCUCCUGUGAUUCUUCGAGUGGAUCCAAAGGGGUUUUACUUAUACUGGACCUAUCAGAAUAAGGAAAUGGAAAUUUUGGAUAUAACCAGCAUCCGAGAUACCCGAGUAGGGCGAUUUGCCAAAAUCCCCAAGUGCCAGAAGCUCCGAGAGGUUUUUAACUUGGAUUACCCUCACAGCACCUUCCUGCUUAAGACUCUGACUAUUGUAUCUGGCCCUGACAUGGUUGACCUGACUUUCCAUAACUUUGUGUCCUACAAGGAGAACGUUGGCAAGAGCUGGGCUGAGGAUAUUAUGGCCAUCGUUCGGAAUCCCCUCACAUACAACGCUUCUCGGUACACCUUCCUAGAGAAAAUCCUGGUGAAGCUGAAGAUGCAGCUUAAUGCAGAGGGGAAGAUUCCUGUCAGGAAUAUUUUUCAGAUGUUUCCUGCAGACAGGAAGAGGGUGGAAGCAGCAUUAAGUGCUUGUCAUCUUCCAAAGGGCAAGAAUGAUGCCAUCAACCCAGAGGACUUCCCUGAAACCGUGUAUAAAACUUUCCUCAUGAAUUUGUGUCCACGGCCUGAGAUUGAUGAGAUAUUUACCUCACACCAUUUAAAAGCAAAGCCCUACAUGACCAAAGAACACUUGGCAAAGUUUAUCAACAAGAAGCAGCGAGACUCUCGCCUCAAUGACAUCCUUUUUCCACCAGCCAAACCCGAGCAGGUGCAGAGCCUGAUAGAGAAGUAUGAGCCCAGUGGGAUUAACAUCCAGAGAGGGCAGCUGUCUCCAGAGGGGAUGGUCUGGUUUCUCUGUGGCCCUGAGAACAAUGUGAUAGCACUGGACAAAUUGGUGCUGUACCAGGACAUGACCCAGCCGCUCUCACACUACUUCAUCAAUUCAUCACACAACACGUACUUAACAGCUGGUCAGUUUUCUGGUAUCUCGUCUCCUGAAAUGUAUCGCCAGGCGCUGCUGGCUGGCUGCCGCUGCGUGGAGCUGGAUUGCUGGAAGGGCCGGCCCCCGGAUGAGGAGCCCAUCAUCACUCACGGGUUCACCAUGACAACUGAGAUCCUCUUCAAGGAUGCCAUUGAGGCCAUCGCAGAAAGUGCUUUUAAAACCUCUCUCUACCCUGUCAUCCUGUCCUUUGAGAACCAUGUGGACUCGCCCAAGCAGCAGGCAAAGAUGGCUGAGUACUGCCGAACCAUAUUUGGAGAUAUGCUGCUGACAGAACCGCUGGAAAAAUACCCGCUGAAGCCAGGAGUUCCUUUGCCAAGUCCUAAGGAUCUCUUAGGGAAAAUCUUGAUUAAGAACAAAAAGAACGAAUCUAUAUCUGGGAAGAGGCAGAACUCUUUGAAGAAAGGAAGGAAUGUGGAACCAGAAAUCAUCGAGCAGCCAGCCCCUGUGGAUGAUACUGUCUGGGCAGGUGAUGUGGCUGAAGAGGAACCAGAGGAAGAGGAUGAACAUCUCAGAAACCUGGAUGAAGAGGAAAUUAAAAAGAUGCAGUCAGAUGAGGGCACUGCUGGUUUGGAAGUGACAGCGUAUGAGGAAAUGUCCAGCCUCGUUAAUUACAUACAGCCUAUCAAAUUUGACUCCUUUGAAGUCUCUGCCCAGAAGAACCGGAGUUACGUCAUCUCUUCCUUCACCGAGUUGAAGGCUUAUGAUCUACUAACGAAGUUCCCUGUGCAGUUUGUAGAAUAUAACAAGAGACAGAUGAGCCGGAUUUACCCCAAAGGCACCCGGAUGGACUCCUCUAAUUACAUGCCCCAGAUGUUCUGGAACGUCGGCUGUCAGAUGGUGGCACUCAACUUCCAGACCAUGGAUGUCCCCAUGCAGCAGAACAUGGCUCUGUUUGAGUUCAACGGCCAGUGCGGCUAUCUGCUCAAGCAUGAAUUCAUGCGGCGUCCGGACAAGCAGUUUGACCCCUUCUCUGUGGACCGCAUUGAUGUGGUGGUGGCGAGUACCCUGUCUGUCACGAUACUCUCUGGUCAGUUCCUCUCCGACCGCAGUGUGAAGACAUAUGUGGAAGUAGAGCUGUUUGGGUUGCCAAGGGACACAAAACGCAAAUACAGAACCAAACUGACCUCCACUGCCAAUUCCAUUAACCCUGUAUGGAAAGAGGAGGCUUUUGUUUUUGAAAAGAUCAUGAUGCCCGAGUUGGCGUCUCUCAAAAUUGUGGCUUGGGAGGAAGGAGGGAAGUUCAUUGGUCAUCGUGUCAUUCCCGUUACUGCAGUGCACUCAGGCUAUCACCACAUUUGUCUCCGCAGUGAAAGUAACAUGCCACUCACUAUGCCUUCUCUGUUUGUGUACCUGGAAAUAAAGGACUAUGUUCCUGAUGCUUGGGCAGAUCUGACUAUUGCUCUCUCCAACCCCAUUAAGUUCUUCAGUCUGCAAGACAAGAGAUCAGUUAAGCUAAAAGAUGGCUCGGUGGAGAGCCUUGGCACACAGAGGACCUUCCCACCUGCUGAAACUAACGGGAUACCAGAUUCCACUGGGAAAUUCAGCACUCCUCUUUCAAAUGGGCCUGCAGGAGCAGCAGCUUUUGUCAAGGACGAAAAUGUGACAGAAAUGAUGCAGACUGCAGAGCCGCAGACAGCCAGCCUUGCAGAACUGCAGCAGAUGAAGCUCUUUCUGAAGCUGCUGAAGAAGCAGGAGAAAGAACUGAGGGAGCUGGAGCGGAAGGGAAGUAAACGGAGGGAGGAGCUGCUGCAGAAAUAUUCCAUACUCUUUUCGGAGCCUGUCUGCUAUGGAGGGAAGAAAAAGAUGAUACACACUAGGAAAACCCAGAAGAAGAGGAGUUUGACAACAGGUGACGUUGGUACAUGUGCAAAUCCUGUAGAAAUGGCAGAAAGCAUUGAUAGCCGAGUUUUGGAACUGAGAGAGAGGCUGGAGAUGGACCUCAUCCACCUGGGGGAGGAACACCACGAGGGGAUUCGAAGAAAGAAGGAGCAGCAUGCCACAGAGCAAGUUACCAAGAUAACAGAAAUAGCCAGAGAGAAGCAGACAGCUGAGCUGAAGGCACUGAAGGAAUCAUCAGAAAGCAACAUUAAAGACAUUAAGAAGAAGCUAGAGGCAAAGAGAGUGGACCGAAUCCAAACCAUGAUGAGGAAUACCAGUGACAAGGCUGCUCAGGAGAGGUUGAAGAAAGAAAUUAAUAACACUCACAUUCAGGAAGUGGUGCAAACAAUCAAACUGGUGACAGAAAAGACAGCCAGGUAUCAGCAGAAACUGGAAGAGAAGCAGGCAGAUAAUCUGAGAACAAUCAAGGAGAAAGCAAGCCAGCUCCAGCAGGAAGCACUGGCGGAGUAUGAGGAGAAAUUGAAAAAUCUGAAUAUGGAGGUGCAGGAGAUGGUGAGGAACUAUGUGAAAGCAGGAUUUCCUGGAGAGUCAGAGACUCAGAAGGAAGCAGUGCAGAGCCUUCCUGGGGGAGAACAAGGCUCUACAGAACAAUUGGAAGAGAAGAUGCCAGUGGCAGAGGUGUCAAGGCUUACAAUAGCCACGCCUGAGCCCCCAGGAGCUGAAACAGAUGUUGAGAUUGAAGAAAGCAUGUUGUGA